AGGAGGAAUGAGGAAGACACAACAUAAGAAGUGAGAAAGAUAGUUUCACAGCUGAAAGGCAGCGUGGCUCAUUUUCAGCUCCGCUCUGCCGCUGCCCUCAGAGUUCAGAGGUCGCUGUAGUUCAGAGAACGGUAAACACGGCUAAAAACGCACAGCCCUACACAUGGAGAGCGCCGCUGUCCCACCCCUAUCCAGUGUCGCCAUUUGCGGAGGCACCCAUGGGAAUGAGUUGACAGGGGUGUACAUUGUGAAGGAAAUGCAGAAACAGAAGACGGACAAAGUGGGAUCUGUUUCUAUUACCACUGUUGUGACCAACCCGAGAGCCUUGGAUGCUGGCACAAGGUACACAGAGAUGGAUCUGAACCGCUGUUUCACAGACGUCCUGCUGAGUUCCCCUGUAACAGAGUCAAGCCCGUAUGAGCUGAGGCGAGCGCAGGAGCUGAACGCCCAGCUGGGGCCCAAAGGAAGCGCAGAGGCAGUGGACCUGCUCAUAGAUCUGCACAACACUACUGCCAACAUGGGCCUCUGCCUCAUCUUCUAUUCUAUAGACUGGAUCACCCUACACAUUUACAAACACAUACAGAAUAAAAUGAGCUCUGUGCCUGUGAGAGCGAUCCAGUUGGACAUUCCCAUCUCCGAUGCCUAUUCCCUGGAGUCAGUGGGCAAACAUGGCUUUGCGAUAGAAGUUGGCCCUCAACCUAACGGUGUGCUCAGAGCCGACAUCUUCAACAUGGUGAAAGAAGCAGUGGAUCUCACCUUAGCGUGGCUUCAGGAAUUCAAUUCUGGGCGCUCUUAUGAGGGCGGGACAGUGGAAGCGUACACUUUGGUUAGGAGUGUUGACUACCCAAGGGACUCGGCUGGUAAAAUCACCGCUGCCAUCCACCAAGACCUACAGGACAAUGACUUCAAGCUGCUGCGGUCAGGGGAUCCCAUCUUCCAGAAGUUUUCUGGGGAGACUUUGAAGUACGACGGAGAAGACCUCUACCCUUUCUUUGUGAAUGAAUGCGCCUACUACGAGAAGAAGAUUGCUUUCCAUUUGGCUCAGAGGAAAACGUUCAGCUUUCCAUCUAUAUGUGUGAAGAAGGACUGAGACAGCACAUGAAUAAAAAGACAGCAUGAACGCUCCAAUCACCUUGAUUAAUUACGAUAAAGCUCAAAUCUAAGAGAAUGAUGUAAAGCAGUUGGGAAUUUUGAGUUUAUCUCUAAUACCAGGUGUGCAUAUAUACAUAUUCAGUGCCUUUGAACUGACAUUUUAUAUUUCCAUGUUUUUUAUUCUUAUUUUAAAUGAGGGACUUGCACAGGGAACAGCAGCGUUGUGAAGUGGAAGGAAAAAAUGACACACUGAUUUAAAACCUUCGAAAUUUCUAAUAAAAUUAGAUAUGUGAGAUUUGCAUUUGUAUUUAGCCUCCCAGAAUAAAAACUAUGUAAAAUCACCAAUUCUUGUGGGUCAAUAGGAGCAUAUAUCUUGGGCUGUCUGUAGGGGUUUGCUAAUAAGAACUUAUAAUUUUAUUAUGAUAUUUUGUAAUAUUUAUUGUUAGAACAAUAAAAAUUCAUACCUUCUUCGUUUUGGGCAACUUCUCCCCAA